GCUAGUUCCGCCUCCAGCUGGAUUGGUCAUCCUGUUCAGCUACAGCAGGAAAGUUCUUUAAACUUUCGCUUCCGGCACCAGCGGAAGAAACAAGAUAGAAAUCCGAGUGAAAGGAUUAGCAAACAAUUACUCGUGAGGGAUGUUUGGUUGUGCCUUGUAUCUUGCAGAUCCAUUUUGGUAAAAUGUUUGAAAGUUUGCCUCCAGAAGGUGGUAGAUGUCAACACAAUGUCAGACUGGUCAACAAUCACUGGACAGUUGUGUGAGCCAAAGGUUUGACACGGAGAUCACUAAGAACGAUUGACGUUUGUAAGGAAACCAUUGUUGCAGUUUGUACAGGCAUCAAACCUUUGGUGAACCCAUCAUUAUGCCAAAACAAAUGGAGAUGAUCAACUUGUCAUUCCUGACAGAUAAAGAAAAGGAAGCAAUAAUCAUGGUUCUCAUCCGAGAUGAAAAGUUGCGUUCAUAUGAGGAAAAGCGAAUAAGAAAACUGAAGAGUGAGCUGCUAGAAAUACGGCGUAAAGGAGCGAAACGUGGCAGUCGGGAUUACAGUGACAAGACCUGUGCCCGAUGUCAGAACACACUUGGUCGCUUUGUUAAGAGUGGAAAUGUGUGCAAGCAGUGUAACCACCUGGUGUGUAAGGAAUGUGGUGUUACAGAUGUAGAUGGAAGAUGGAAAUGCAAUGUGUGCAUCAAGGAGGAAAAACUAAAGAAACAAACUGGAGAUUGGUUCUUUGAAUCCCGAGCAAAAAGACACAGUACUGAUUUUGGUAGCGAUAUAAUCAGAGCAUCGUUAAAGAGGAAAUAUGCCUUAAAUAAGCGCGAGACAACAGGACAGGCAUUGCUACAGAAGGCAUUGGCCAAUGAUGCAAAUGCAAAUAUCGCUGCACAGGGAAGGCAGAAGACCUCUCAGGAUGAAAGUAGAGUUUCCAGCAACUACUCUGAAACCCCAGAGGGUUCUGAGCAACCAAGUGACACAGAAUCCACGGGACGUGUCAGCGUUAGCAGCUACAAGAGUGACUCGCAAUCUCCCUCCAAGCACAACACACCUAACAAUUCCAGGCGGAGUUCCUUAACCGAAAGCAAUGCUGGUAAUAUUAAUGAAUGUGCUGUUUCCAAGCCCGCAAAUAGUGGCAGCAUGACACUUCCAGCCACAUUAAAGUCACCCACAGGCAACAAACUCAACACACAAUCUGACUUGGAUAAGGAAACUGUCUCAAAAAGAUACAGUAAAGUUUCAACUGAUGAAAGUGCUUCAGAGAACCUGUUUAAAAAGAAUACAAAAAGCAUUCUGAAGCCUGCAGAGCAUAGUAAAUCUGUGGUGGACCUUCGCAUAUCAGAUUCUGCAAAUGUGGAUGAUUCCAUGGGAGACCGUAGUCAGUCAGUUCCAGGUCUCAAUGUGGAUCAGGAGGAAGAGGACAUUGAUAAACUGGUGAAAAUUCACCGUCUGACAAAUGCUCGCCAAAGCCUCAAGAGUGGCACUUCAGUUAGUACAAUAGGCAGCAUGGUCAGCAUCUACAGUGAAGCAGGUGACUAUGGCAAUGUCACAGUUACUGGGGAGAUCAUCUUCCUUUUAAAUUAUGACCAAAAGAAACAAACACUUAAUAUACUUGUGAAGGAAUGUCGUAACCUGGCUUAUGGUGAUGAGAACAAGAGAAGAUCGAACCCCUACGUGAAGUCUUAUCUGCUACCAGAUAAAUCCCGACAAAGUAAACGAAAGACCAUGGUUAAACGUAACACAACUGAUCCAGUUUACAAUGAAACCCUAAGGUAUGACAUCGCUGAGUCACAGCUAAUUAUGAGGACGUUGCAACUUUCUGUAUGGCAUUACGAUCGCUUUGGGCGCAACACUUUUCUGGGAGAGGUAGACCUCUCAUUGGAUAUUUGGAACUUCAACAGUGAGUCUGAGGAGUGCCUUCCUCUUCAUGGUAAGGCAAAUGCAGAGACUGGUGUUAUCCCUCCAUAUAAAGGGGAAAUGGUACUUUCAAUAAAAUAUAUUCCAAAUGCCAAAAAUGUUGCUGUUGACAAAACUAAAGGAAAGAAAACCACAAGGCUAGCAGAGAGUGGGGAACUACAUGUGUGGAUUAAGGAAGCCAAGAACCUUACACCGAUGAAAGUUGGAGGGACGUCAGACACUUUUGUCAAAGGGUAUAUGCUACCAUUCAGAACCAAGACUUCUAAACGGAAAACCCCUGUAGUGAAGAAGACGUUGAAUCCUCACUAUAACCACACCUUUGUGUACACUGGUAUAAAGCUUGAGGACUUGCAGCACAUUUGCCUGGAGCUGACCAUCUGGGAUAGAGAACCCUUGUCCAGCAAUGAUUUUCUUGGAGGAGUUCGCCUUGGAGCUGGAAAUGGAAUUAGCAAUGGACAACAUGUGGACUGGAUGGAUUCAACAGGGGAGGAGAGCAACAUUUGGCGGAGGAUGACCCAGUAUCCUGGUUCAUGGGUUGAAGGAACACUAUUGCUUCGUCCACACAUGACUGGGCACAGCUAGUCAGGGAACAACAUAGAAAUUUACUUCCACACAGUACAUCCUAAAUGCAAAUAGAAAAUUGGUCAAGUUCCCUAGCAUUACAACACAUCAAAAGCAUAUUCUUUCCCAAAGAGCAACAAAAUCUCUAUUACAUGAGCAUUUGCUGCAGGAGUGGAGGGAAUAUCUUAGAUUAGAAACAGACCUGAUUAAUUUCAGGAAUUCAUAGGAGCAAGAAUGACAACUUAGUCAGAUCUAAACCGAGUACAAUGUCAAAAGGUGAAGGAGAAAAGGAGAAGAGAAAGUUUUAUGUUAAGAAAAUUGAUGAGUACAUUUUAAAAAUGCUUAUCUUGCAGCAUAUAUUCAUUUGUUUAUGCUUCUUUUUCUUAUCAUGCUUAAUAACCCAGAGCAGUAAUGAAGGUGACAGUAGUGAAAAGUGUCCCAUUCUUUCAGAUUGUCAGAUAUGGAUCUCCCAUUCAGAUAUUAAGGUUUUGGCUUUUCAUUCAAACUACUGCUAUACUUUGCUGCUUUGGUUUUGUUGCAAGAAAUUUCUAGUUGGUUACUUGUUUAAGACCUAAACAUUUGUAGUAUUCCCUCAUUUUUCAGAAAACCAGCUGUUCCCUGCACACUUAAUUUUAAUCAGCCCAUGUACAGCUGUUAUUCCACACCUCUGGAGCAGGUGGGACUUGAACCCAGGCCCCUGGUAGGGACGUUACCACUGUGCCACAAGAGCCCUACUCUAUGUCAAACUCUUGAUGUCAGCAUUCAUUUUGGAUUGGACAAUCGGGAUUAAAUCAUUGCCUCCUCUUCCCCUAAUUACACAUAUUGCCACAGGAUUGUGAAGCUAACAUCACUUUUGCAGGCACUCACCAAACAGUCAAACAUAAGCAAAAUAGCACACUAACAAUGAAAGGCUUAGUUUCUCAAGUUGACUUAGACUCAAAAACAGAGAUCAUAAUAUGUUUAGUUUCAAUCUAAAGAUAUUCACAUUAAAGGGGCAUAACAAGUAGUUAAGGAAGACAUUUAUUUGGAAUAUUCUACACUAAUUUACUAAUCACAUGGAACACUACUACACAGGAGUAGAUUAUGUAAGGUUGACUUGGGCGAUGAAACCGGUCACAGUAACAGCAAAUUUAACAUACUAUAAAACUGAGCUCCUUACAAACAUGCUAUUUAGUUACAAGUGUAUGAUAUUCCUAUUUUAAUGAAGAUGUAUACAUUCAAAUAAAUUCACACCUUGUAAAAAAAGCAGGAAUCUUUCAGAUAGAAUGAAAUUUUUGUUGUGAUUUAACCCCUGUGUUUCUUCCAUCUUCCAAGUCUUAGUACUAACUGCUGUACAUUUUCUCGGUUGAUAAUGAGGUCCAUGGUCAACUUUCAUGCCUUAAAUAAAGCAACAGUUAUUGGUUUGGUCUGGCAUAGGUCUUUUAUUCUAUUCCCUCCCAGCAUCUCUACUUGUGCUCUCCAGUGGCCUCUGGGGUACUCAAGAAAUGAAGACGAAGACUAAAAUUAAAAUUAUACCCAUCACAACGGAUAUUCUUACAUUGCCAAUAUAAAUCCUAACCUUAUAGCAGUUCACAGAUUUUGGAUAAUCUUAACAGAAAAAUUAUCAAAAACAUGGUACAAAUGAUUUAUAUCAACAGCUGCAUGACCUACAAGGUAGAGCUUGUAAAUGUAAUGUUUCAGAAAGGAAAUUAUUAUGAUGCAAUUACUUAAUGAAAUCUCAACCGGCUAAAAGAUCAAACAGGACUCUAACUACAGCAACUUAUGUCUUUCAGAAGAAAUGUGAUAGAUCUUUAAGGGAUAAUGUUAAUGAUGUCAUCACUGAAUCUUGUCUUAGUCUCCAUCUUACUGAAUAGUCUUACAGCAUGAUACACUGAGGGAAGCAUGCAGUAUUGCUUAGCUUGACUUCAGACACAGAAGUGCCUGUGACUGUAGCAUAUGUAUGGAGAUGCCAGUGCAACAAUAAAAGUUAAUCAAGUUUUCAAAAAUGA